CAAAUUCACUUGAAUCCACCCAAAGUGACUUGAGGUAUGUUUGCAACCCCGCAUGGCCGCCACGAAGCGAAGAACAGUUCCUCACACCUCCAAAUGGGUCGAGACGCGAUCAACUGUCGUUUACGCCCUGCGUUCAGUCACGUUCAGCUCAUGGCGGAUGCUCACCCUAGGGGCGGAGUACGAGGACACCUGGGCCCUGUCACCUGCCAGGAGGUGUGGACCCAGACGGCAGGUGAAGGAGGAUCCUGGGGGAACCCAUGCUGGUACUGUAGCGCCAGGGGAACCUUCAGGAAAACACGGCGAUGCCAAUACCACGGAAUAUGAAACAGUUAUACACUUGGAAGCAGAGAGCAGAGCGGGGAACAGGGAGGGUCUGCGUCACAUGGUCCACCAGCACGAGAUGCAGACUAACUCACCUUGGCCUGGCAGAAUGGCUCGUUUCGCUGACGAUCUCCCCACCCGCUAUGGAGGGGGCGCUGGCGGCGGCGGAGGAGGAGGUGGUGGAGGAGGAGGCGGGCGUGGAGCACCGGGCGCCGGCAGAGGGGGAGCCCGGGGUGGAGGCGCUCCGGGCGGCCAGAGAAUGUACAAACAGUCGAUGGCCCAGAGAGCCCGGACUAUGGCCAUUUACAACCCGAACCCUGUCAAGCAAAACUGCUUCACUGUCAACCGCUCCCUCUUCAUCUUCCGGGAGGACAACCUCAUCAGGAAGUAUGCCAAACGUAUAACAGAGUGGCCUCCAUUUGAAUACAUGAUCCUGGCUACAAUCAUCGCCAACUGCAUCGUCUUGGCCCUGGAGCAACAUCUACCUGCCAGUGACAAGACGCCCAUGUCGGAGCGCUUGGACGACACAGAGCCCUACUUUAUUGGAAUAUUCUGUUUUGAGGCCGCCAUUAAGAUCAUCGCCCUGGGCUUCGCAUUUCACAAAGGCUCCUACCUCCGCAACGGAUGGAAUGUAAUGGACUUUGUGGUCGUUCUCACCGGAAUCCUGGCAACGGUGGGUUCCGACUUUGACCUACGAACACUGCGGGCGGUGAGAGUGCUGCGACCGCUCAAACUUGUGUCUGGGAUCCCCAGCCUCCAAGUGGUGUUGAAGUCCAUAAUGAAAGCCAUGGUUCCCCUGCUUCAGAUCGGCCUGCUGCUUUUCUUCGCCAUUGUCAUGUUUGCCAUCAUCGGUGUGGAGUUUUACAUGGGCAAGUUCCACACCACCUGCUUCAACGUCGACACCGGUGAAAGAGUAGCAGAAUGGCCUUGUGGCCUGGAGCCCCCGGCCAGGUUGUGUCCUAAUGGGACCCAGUGCAGAGAAUACUGGACGGGACCCAACUUUGGCAUUACCAACUUCGACAACAUCCUAUUUGCUGUGCUUACGGUGUUCCAAUGCAUCACGAUGGAGGGCUGGGUGGACAUUCUCUACAGCACCAAUGAUGUGUCAGGAAACACAUGGAAUUGGCUCUACUUCAUCCCUCUCAUCAUCAUCGGCUCUUUCUUCAUGCUCAACUUGGUCCUCGGUGUCCUAUCGGGAGAGUUUGCCAAAGAGAGGGAGCGCGUGGAGAAGAGACAGGAAUUCUUGAAGCUUCGAAGACAGCAACAAAUUGAAAGAGAGCUCACCGGAUACCUAGAAUGGAUCUGCAAAGCUGAGGAAGUGUUGCUGGAGGAGGAGGAUGAAAACGCAGUGGAGAAAUCGCCUUUGGAUGGUGCGUGGUACAAGCGGAAACAAAACCUGCCAGUACUGAAACGAGGCAAAGCCAAGAAGGGUAAAAAUGACCUGAUUGGUGCUGAGGAAGGGGAAGAUCCAUUCGCUGACAUCUCCUCUGUUGCGCCUCCUGGGUCUCCUUUUGGUCGAGCCAGUUUGAAAAGCAGCACUAAGAUGGACAGUUCAUCGUACUUUCGCCGUAAGGAGAAGAGAAUCCGAUUCUUCAUCCGGAGGAUGGUGAAAGCUCAAAGCUUCUACUGGAUCGUUCUGUGCCUGGUGGGCCUAAACACUCUGUGUGUGGCCAUCGUUCACUACGAUCAACCCGAGUGGCUUACAAGAGCCCUGUACACAGCAGAGUUUGUGUUCUUGGGUUUGUUUCUGACGGAGAUGACCUUGAAGAUGUAUGGCCUUGGACCAAGGAAUUAUUUCCACUCCUCCUUUAACUGUUUUGAUUUUGGGGUAAUUGUGGGAAGUAUUUUUGAAGUGAUCUGGGAUAUGAUCAAACCAGGAGCAUCAUUUGGUAUCAGUGUGUUGAGAGCCCUGAGACUGCUGAGGAUCUUCAAAGUCACCAAGUACUGGAACUCCCUGAGGAACCUUGUAGUUUCCCUCCUCAAUUCCAUGAAGUCAAUCAUCAGUUUGCUCUUCCUCCUCUUUCUCUUCAUUGUUGUCUUCGCUCUGCUGGGCAUGCAGCUCUUCGGAGGACAGUUUAACUUUGAGGAUGAGACACCGACAACAAACUUCGAUACCUUCCCAGCAGCCAUCCUCACUGUGUUUCAGAUUUUGACCGGUGAGGACUGGAAUGCUGUGAUGUACCACGGGAUUGAGUCUCAAGGGGGCGUCCGCCGUGGGAUGUUCUCCUCCGUUUACUUCAUUGUCCUCACGCUUUUUGGAAACUAUACCCUACUGAAUGUCUUCUUGGCUAUCGCUGUGGAUAAUCUUGCAAAUGCGCAGGAGCUAACGAAGGACGAAGAGGAGCAGGAGGAAGCAGCCAAUAAAAAGCUCGCUCUGCAGAAAGCUUUGGAGGUGAAAGAAGUCAGUCCCAUGUCGGCAGCCAACAUCUCAAUUGCGGCUUUUGUAAAGCAAAAUCGAGAUGCACUCUCUCGCAGGUCGUCCAUCAACAGCAUUCAGUCACUGAGUUAUACUCUCUAUUCUUCCCCUGCCCGACGAAUCCUGAGCAAGGAGCAGCAGCGGGCCAACAAGACCAUGUCAAUAUGGGAGCAGAGGACCAACCAGCUGAGGAGACACAACAUGAGAGCGAGCAGCGAGGCCUUGUUUAACGAGCUCGACCCUGAGGAACGCCUACGAGUGUCUUCUGCCCUGCAUCUGCAUCCUGACAUGAAAACUCACCUGGACCGGCCCCUGGUUGUGGAGGCCAAGAACGCCAACUUGCCAUGCAAGCGAGAAGAAGGACAGCAAGAUGACGUGGGAGACAACUUACAUUUGCACACCAGAAAACACCACAGACAUCGGGGCAGGAACGGUGACGGUCGGGAUGGAGGCGAUGGCCGUGCGACGAGACAUCACACCCAUCACAGCAGGAGCAAAGAUCACCACAGCAAUGGGGCUCAGACUAAAGAGAGGAGAGGGGAGAGGAACCACACUCGGGAUGAUGGGCAAAGACGCAGACGGCAUCAUCCAGCUGGUUCCCCGGAAGAAGACGCCUCGGAUGUACGAGGAGGAGUGGAAGAACGAGGGCAUCGCCAUCAUCACUCCCAUCGUACGCCAAAAGAGGGGAAUGGGGCUUUAGCAAAUGGUGCACACGGAGAGCAUCGGGGCCGGGGAAGAGGAGGCGAAGGUAACGGAGAGAGGAAAGGACGUUGCUCCCAAAUGAUCAGAGCUCAAUCAACUCUGGAUGGAGAUGAAAGCAAAAAAGGCAUAAGAGGACAUAGGGAGAUGCAGUCUGAUGCUGAAGAGGAGGGUCUUACUACAAGUCCCCUGCAGCCAAUGCAGAGCACGCUGAGUCUUGGAGACAAGCAAGAGGACGCCGACAACCAGAAAAACUCCACAAGAGCAAGCCAGGCCGGCCUUAACAGCAACACUAUUCACAUCCCUGUCACCAUUACUGCCCCACCUGGAGAGACCACCAUCAUUCCCAUGAACAACAUUGACUGCGACAACUUCAAAGUAAAUGAAGAGAAGAAAGCUCUGGAAGAGGAUGAUGAUAACAGACCUCGGCAGAUCCUUCCCUAUAGCUCCAUGUUCAUCUUUGGGCAAACAAACCCGGUGCGGCGACUGUGUCACUACGUGGUCAACUUACGCUACUUUGAAAUGUGCAUCCUGAUGGUCAUUACCAUGAGCAGCAUCGCUCUGGCAGCUGAGGACCCCGUGCAAGCCAAUGCACCGCGGAACAACGUCCUCAAGUAUCUGGAUUAUGUCUUCACCGGUGUGUUCACUUUUGAGAUGGUGAUUAAGAUGAUUGACUUAGGACUUCUCCUCCACCCUGGCUCCUAUUUUCGUGACCUGUGGAACAUUCUUGACUUCAUUGUGGUCAGUGGAGCUCUUGUGGCCUUUGCCUGCUCAUCGCAACAAAGCGUGGCCAGAGGGACAAAAGGCAAGGACAUCAACACUAUUAAGUCCCUGAGGGUCCUCAGAGUCUUGCGGCCACUUAAGACCAUUAAACGGCUUCCCAAGCUGAAGGCUGUGUUCGACUGUGUUGUGAAUUCCCUGAAGAAUGUUCUCAACAUCCUUAUCGUCUACAUCCUCUUCAUGUUCAUCUUUGCUGUCAUCGCCGUGCAGCUUUUUAAAGGGAAAUUCUUCUACUGCACUGAUGAGUCCAAGGGUCUUGAGAAAGACUGCAGGGGUCAGUUUCUGGACUAUGACAAAAUGGAACGUGGACGUGAUGUAGAAGCUCAGCCCAGAGAGUGGAAGAAAUACGAGUUCCACUACGAUAACGUUCUUUGGGCCUUCUUGACACUUUUCACCGUCUCCACUGGAGAGGGCUGGCCUCUGGUGCUGAAGCAUUCAGUAGAUGCCACCUAUGAGGACCAGGGUCCCAGCCCAGGCUUCCGCAUGGAGACAUCCAUCUUUUACGUGGUGUACUUUGUGGUGUUCCCUUUCUUCUUUGUCAACAUAUUUGUGGCUUUGAUUAUCAUCACCUUCCAGGAGCAGGGAGACAAAGCUAUGUCUGAGUGUAGCCUGGAAAAGAAUGAGAGGGCUUGUAUUGAUUUUGCCAUAAACGCCAAGCCGUUGACAAGGUACAUGCCGGAGAACAAGCAGUCCUUCCAGUAUAGGAUGUGGAAAUUUGUGGUGUCGCCGCCUUUCGAGUAUGCCAUUAUGACUUUAAUUGCCCUCAACACAGUGGUGCUGAUGAUGAAGUUUUACGGAGCUCCAGACAAAUAUGAGUCCAUGCUGAAAUACUUGAACAUCCUCUUCACUGCUCUCUUCACUCUGGAGUGCAUCCUUAAGGUUAUUGCAUUUGGUCCACUGAACUACCUGAAAGCAGCCUGGAAUGUGUUUGAUUUUGUGACAGUGCUCGGAAGCAUAACAGACAUCUUGGUAACAGAGAUUAAGGACAAGAUGAUUAACUUGAGCUUCCUGAGGCUGUUCAGAGCGGCACGGCUCAUCAAACUGCUGCGACAGGGCUACACCAUUCGCAUCUUGCUGUGGACCUUCGUUCAGUCCUUCAAGGCCCUGCCGUAUGUUUGCCUGCUCAUUGCAAUGCUCUUCUUCAUCUAUGCCAUCAUCGGAAUGCAGGUGUUUGGGAAUAUUGAGCUGAACGAAGAGACGGCCAUAAAUCACCACAACAACUUCCAGACCUUUUUCCAGGCUUUAACCCUUCUCUUCAGGAGUGCCACAGGUGAAGCGUGGCAUGAGAUCAUGCUAUCGUGUCUCAGUCAUCGGUCAUGUGAUAAACUCUCAGGAACAGCAGGGAAGGAGUGUGGAAGUGACUUUGCCUACUUCUAUUUUGUCUCCUUCAUUUUCCUUUGCUCCUUCCUGAUGUUAAAUCUUUUCGUUGCCGUCAUCAUGGAUAACUUUGAGUACCUGACCAGAGACGCCUCCAUCCUGGGCCCUCAUCACCUCGAUGAGUUCAUCCGCGUGUGGGCCGAGUAUGACCCCGCUGCCUGCGGCCGCAUGCCAUAUCGCGAUAUGUACGAGAUGCUUCGAGACAUGUCCCCACCUCUAGGUUUGGGAAAGAAAUGUCCGCCCCGCAUCGCCUAUAAGCGUUUGGUAAGGAUGAACAUGCCAAUUGCGGACGACAACACAGUGCAUUUCACCUCCACACUCAUGGCCCUGAUCCGCACAGCCCUGGAGAUCAAGCUGGCGUCUGGGGUUUUAGCGCAACAUCUGUGUGAUAUUGACCUGAAGAGAGAGCUGAACAGAGUCUGGCCCAACCUGUCGCAGAAGUCUGUUGACCUGCUCGUGACCCCACAUAAAUACAACGAACUGACAGUGGGGAAGGUGUACGCAGCUCUUAUGAUCUUUGACUAUUACAAGCAGAAUCGCGCCAAGCGACUCCAGCAGCAGCAUCCUUCAGGUGGACCUCAGAGUAAACUGGGGGCGUUGUUCCGUCCUAUACUCCCACUUGGUCAUAUACAGGAAGUAGAACCCCCGAUACCCAGUCCCAAACAGCUGCUGCCUUUGCAACCUGAAUCAGAGCCUAAAACAUCACCUGUGCCACCUCUUCCGACCACUACCACCUCUGUUACCAAGGACACAAUACUUGACCAGAGGAGUUCCAUAAAACACUCCCAGUCUGGUGAUGUUUCUCAGGCAGCACUGAGACCUAAAGGUCGGAGGAAACUCCAGCGAGGCCAGUCAGAAGAUGUGCCGUGUUCCACAAGGCCUCAGGAAGCUGUUGAGAUGAAGCCAGUUGAGGAGAACAUCUCGGACACAGAGGGACAUCGUGGCUUAGAAGGUCAGGGCAGAGCAACGUCUCUGCCUCGACUUAAUGCUGAGUUCUACCGGAGCCACUCUCGCCACGCCCCUGGGACCCACCUGGCACCAAUUGUUGACCUCAGUCCCAUAAGACGCUCCGCGUCCUCGUUGACCCCACAGCACAAGCAGGAGGUCGUUCUUAAGGACUAUAACCUGACACGGCCAGACCAGCCUCAAUCAUCAACGCGGCCAGGGCCGGUCCAGGGCCAGGACCGAGCACAUCACCAUCACCACCACCAUCGCUGCCACAGACGCAGGGACAAGGAAAAAGACAAAAAACAGAAAUCUCUGGAUAGAGCAACGUCCGUGCAGCAACCGAGUACUGUUGGCUCCUUCACCGACCCUUCAGCUGAAGGGUUGUCCAGAGAACGAGCUAGGGAGCGUGAUCGCAGUCGCCAUCACGAGAGGAGGCAUCAUUCCUCUGCAGGGGAGCAACGCUACUACUCAGAGCGCUACAGCUGCAGGGAGGCAUGCCAUGCCAAGUCAGCCAGUCCAAGCCGAUCCACGUCUCCAGGAGAGGGACAAGACACCGGUGUCCUUAAACAACAUGGUAGCACUGGGGGUAAGCCAGCACCCUCUGGUUCAAGCACACCAGGCCGUGGUCGCAGGCAGCUUCCCCAAACGCCCCUCACCCCCCGCCCUGCCGUGGCCUACAAGACUGCUUCCUCCUCCCCUCUGCCGUCAGCUGCCAGCACCACCAUAGCCGGGUACCAGACUCGUGUCAGCCGUGGCCUUUCAGAACACGAGCGCUUGCAGGGGGGCAAUGACCUGUCCCCGGUACCGGUCACCUGCAUUGGUUCUGACCCCAAUUUAAACCUACAGGGAACUUCUCAUCAAGCGCUCCUUGAAGAGACCGAUGACUUCCAGGACGCUGUUAGCAGCCAACUGUUGUCACAGACCGCCAGGGCGAGCACCUCCGCUACGACCUCCGCUUCCCAUGAAAGUGCCGCUGUGCCUGUCGCAGCGGUGGCCACACAAGGCCGCGCUGACGUCGUACCGAAUGGCUACCACUUCACCUUUGGGGUCAACUCGGCGUCAAACGGCAGAGGAACAGGAAGCCUCAGGGAGAGAGAGGAGGAGGACUGGUGCUAACAUGCUAGGAUAGAUGAAGAGAGGUUUUUCCUGUCCACUGAUGAAGGAGCAGCUUGUCCACGUUGCUCACCUCAGUAUGCUUGAGCUGGUCAGAGGCCAGCAGGCUGAGACAGUGAGGAAGUGGAAACAAGCCGGUUGAAAGUGCUGAAAAAGGGAGAUUUAUUCCAGCUUUCUAGUGUUACUCUCCCUAAUACAUCAUUUAUUGUCAAAGGAAAGAGAAAGCUGACUUGUUCAACCCCUUAACUUGCACUGAAAUGUUAGCACAUUUGAAGACCCUUCAGUAUUUCUGUCUUGGCCAGUAGUGUUGGAGGAGACUAAAAGCGAAAAUCUUGGCGGAACAGUAUGAAUAAUGUUAAAAACUCAUCUGAAUGCCUCGUCGUUUGAUCUAACUGGAUGCCCACAACACAUUUUUUCAAUCUUUGCUUCACCCUAUACAGUACAGUGGGAGAAAGAAGUAUUUGAUCCCCUGCUGAAUUAGUAAGUUCCUUACAAAGACAUGCAGCGGAACCCUCUUAUGUCGACCAACUCAUCGAGUCUUAUGACUAAAAAUAUGGUCGACCACUUUUGUUGACAUAAAACUGAAACCCAAACGGGACAUUUCUAUGAAAAAUGGCUCGUUUAUGUUGACGUGUGUUGUAGUAUUGUCAACGCCAUUGUUAUCGCUAAGCCAUGUGGAAAGACAACAGCAACGUAAGUACUGUUUACGGCAGCGUUAAAACGUGCACAAUGACUUCUUGUUCAGUGCAAAGUAACCGUUAACUGGAUUCAACUACAGCAACUAACAAAAUGCACCCUCUUUUUAAUUGUUGGCCAACUGAAGUAAGAUGUGCACAUGUGUGGAGGCUUUCUUGUCAAUCCAGUCAAGUUUCCGCAUCAACCAAUCUGAGGAGCGUCGACUUUAAGAGGUUAAUAAUAGCAUUAUUUUUAUAAUAACAUUAUAUUUAUUGUAACCAAGAAAUAUUGAAAAAAAAACAAUCCAGAAAACAUUAUAAAUAAAGGUUAUAAAUAUGUUGGUAUUUGAUUGAGGGAAAUUCCCAGGCCACUGAAUCGACAACUGAACUGUUCAGGUUGUCUUAAAAGAGGUUUCAUCCUCUCAUCCGAGCAGGAUUCAUCAGUUCAUGCUCAAUGACUAGCAGGUUUAAGACUAGGUGGGACAAACACUAGUCGGACUAGGUGGGACAGCCCUCAUCUUGAGGAAAGAAGACUGGUGGUUUGGGGGAGUGAUGGAGGCUAUCUACGUCAAAGUGGACAAACUAUCUCUAAACAGAGGGGGAGGUCUGUGAAUAGGAUGCUAGCGAGGGUGAUACCACCCAAAUGAUGGUCAUUGGCUGGCAGAGACCUCACUCCAUUGUAUCUAACGACUGUUAUUUGACACUACCUAAGAGCAAAAUUGUUUUUGUCAGGACAUGCCUCUACCUGUAGAGGAUAAAUACUUUGGAUCCUUCACCGACUCCUCAGACUAGGCCUAUCCUACCUAGUCAGACUAUUGUUUGUCCCACCUUGUCUUUAAACCUGCUCGAAUGAGAGGCGAAACGUUGCCUAAAACAACCUGAACAGUCCAGUUGCAAUCGAUACAAUGCCCUGAGAAUACAAUGACCUGGAUGGACCUGGAAACCUGGAAAUGUGUAUUUGAUCUUAAAGCAAAACACCGGCAAGCACAGUGGUCAGAGUUUUCUGUCUCGGGAGGGACCCGAGUAGAUAAACAAACCCAAAAAGAAUAUUUCCACCUUUAAAGAUGGACAGUAGGAGGGUGGUGUUGGGGUCAUAUUCAAAAUUCCUCUGCCUGAGAAGACUUUGUUUGGACUGGUCCUUUUACAGGGCAAAAGUCCGCCAAGUUUAUUUUAAUCGAACAGCUCUGAAAUGAAUCUAGGCAUUUCAAGGAGAGUUUACAAUUUUAUUCCAACAGGAAUUGAUACAAACAAUUGUAAUGCCAGCACUGGAGAGAGCGAUUAGCUUCCACCGAAGGUUUAGCAAAGUCCAAUCGAUCUCUUUUUAUGAGUUCUGUCAGAGAGGAGGUAAACUUCCCUUAUUUAGUUGUUGGGAUUUUGGUUUAGACUGGCUCCAGCCAGUAUAGGUUGACAGCUAAGCGCUGGAAUAUUUAGAAACUACAGCGUGUGUUUGCGCGUGCAGAUAAAAAGACAAGGUGUAUUUGUGCUAGCCUAGAUGGCCUUGUUGAUUGUGCAUCAUGUUGGAGAUAAGCCUUCAGACCUCAUCACUUAUUUACAACAGGAGGAAAAUAUUCCAUUCCUAACAGCUUCAAGUCCAGUUGAUGCCAAAGAGCUCAAUUUUUUUUAAUCAUCUGACCAAAUCUCAUUGUCCAUAUAAAGUAUGUUACCAUUGUUUAUCUUGGCAGUCUGGUCCUAGGAUCCUUGAGAUCUUUUCCAAGCUCCUGUUUGGCAAUUCUGGGCUGAUCCCUCACCAUUCUCAGAAUCAUCCUUACCCCAUAAGGUAAGAUCUCCAUGCAAGAUCUUACCAGAGCGAGGGGGAUCGUUAUCUGGGAUUUCAGGGGGAUAGGACUACAGACAGGACAAGAACGCGUCUGUAGGGGUCAGAAUAUGUACUGGUUGGUAGAAGAUCACAAACUUAUUCCAUCAAUCAAAGACAAAUGAUUGAAAACCUUUUUUCUGGAUUGUUUUUUACAUUCUGUUUCUCUCUGUUACCUGCUAGUGUAAUGGGUGCCACCCAGUGUAUCUGUGCAGAUGUGGCUUGGUAAUCCUCACUCCCUGACACCUUAAGAGCCAUGCUGGAUCUCAAGUUCACAGGCUUUAAGCUAGACGGCUAGCUCUCCCGUUGUCGAGCCCAGGGCGGAAUGUGGGGCUGGCUGAACCAGUUGGGUUAUACUACCACCAAAAUUCUGGACUGUUCAUAUCUUUGUAAGAGGGUACGUUUCCAAAAUAAGCAAGGAAUCAAAUACUUGUCGGUUUUAAUGUACUGUAACUCGUACAAAAAUGUCUCCUUCACCGAAGGCUCAUUACUGAUUAUUUUUAUGUAGGUCUUGGAACUUUUGCGCCAUCACUUAUGAUGAACACCACUAUCAACAGUUCAAAGAGCAACUUCCAGGGAACAGAAACAAACGAGCCAUUUUCAUGGUCACGUUUUGUUCAUUUCUUUGUCCCACACACGGACAAGGACAACAAUUUUACAACAACAUGUGGCCGGAUACUAAGUGCCUCAUUUUGCAAGAUGUGUGUCCAUCCAUCUUCUUGGGUGGGUGGACUGGGCUGAACACACAGUCGAGCAUGUAAGUAUGUACACAGUUAAGAGAAAGUGGACGACAUAAAGUGGUUGUAACUGAGUAAUUGCAAAAAAAAACAAAAAAUAUUUUUUUUAUACACUGAAUCUUGUAUUUUGAAUCCAAAUGAAAGAUGCAAAGUCAGUCACGUAGUGCAUGCCGAGGUCUUGAAAAUAAAAAGUAAUGGUAUCUGUACAUUUACUAAAGGGUGUGUGCUAAGCAUUUGCCUUUUUCUUCCAACACACUGCCAAUCCAUUGCUAGGAAAAAGUCUGCAAAAGGAGAAAAGUGCCAUUUUGAAAAUAUCAGCAUUGCAACAUAAAAAAAGGUCCUCCUCUAGUAAAAGUGAUGAUCAUGGAUUGGUUAGCAAUGUUUAUGUAUUCUUAGGUACAGUCCAGAUGUAUGCAUUCACUUUGAAUUACAAGUGGUCCUCGGUUUAUGAUGUUUUGUGGCUGUUCGUCAAUUGAAAACAUCAUUUUGGUCCAUAAACACGAGACUUGCUCGUGAAAAUGAACAUCAUAAAAAGCUCAGAGGUAGGAGACACGGCCACUCUUUGGUCCUAACCGCUCGACUGUCACAACCAUCAUUGAGGAUAAUGGUUAUUGAACGCUAAAGGGGUCAUGGAUUCUGUGCGCUGUUACAAGGAGAUCUGGAAGGACAAGAGGAGGUUAUUCUUCCAUACUAGCCUGGGAUGUUAUUUCACGAAAGCAGGACAACCGCAGGGAUAAAAAUAAUGACUUCUUUAUUUAUUCUUGUUUUCAUGUCAUUCUUGUAUUGUAUCAUUCUAGACUUACACUGAAACUCAACUUACAUCACCGUCUGGGAACGGAACUCGUUCAUAACCCGAGGACCACCUGUAUUUGGAAUGUUCACAUAUAACACCUAAAAUAUAAACCAAUGUUGUAGAGGGUUUUUGCUUGGAGUCAGCAGGGUUUGAGUUUGUUGAUUUUUAUGUUUUUAUCGAGUGCCGGGUAAUGGCGUGCCUGUCCAGACCUAAAACAAAGAUCACAAUUCCAGUAUCUUUGUAAUAUUUGUUGGAUUCUUUAAAAAUGAUUACUUUGUCUACUUGUGUGUCACUGUGGAGUGAAUAUGUAACACGCAUGGAAAAAUCCUCUACAGGCAUCCCUCUGGCAACAGUGGCUGUGUUGUUUACGUCAGACUUGUUGCUAAAACGUUGAACGCUUUUCCACUUCGUUUACCGGCAGAUCUAGCCAAAACCAUCACCCAGAUCUCAGGGUAUUUCAGUCACACAAUGAUAGCUGAGACUCAGUUGUUUUAGUGGGCCAGCGCACAAUAGGUCAGAUAUUUGUCUCAAUGCAUCACUCAGUGACUGUUAGCCUGCAGAGAUACAGAACAGAGAUGUGUCACUGCAAGACUUUGGAACUGUACCUAAAAAAAAUAUCUGCCCCACAAAUGGAUGAGGUUUUGGCUCAGGCUUAUCAUGUUAAGCUUUGGACUCCAAUGCUUCAUCAUCCUUUUUAACUGAAAGCUCAAACUUGUGAUGGUGCAGUUACGUUCAGGACGUGUUUGCCAGACAUCCGACUACCCUUGCUUGGGCUGGAAGCAUUUAUUGUUGACGUAGUGUGGUUUCACACUCGUUUUUUGGCAUAUUUGCUUUUUAGGUUGAAUCCUUUAGCGCAGCCUCUGCAUGGUGUGUGACGGGAAAUUAUGACAGUGUUGUUUCAAAAUCCGUACAUGUAGACUGGGUUGCGAUCGAAACAGAGAUUUGUACAGACGAUCUCCGUUGCAGGCAAACUGACUUCCCCAAACGUUGUUUACACUGGAACCCGUUUAGGUCGACCCUGUUUAUAUCUUCACACUCCAAUUCACUUUUUUUUUUUUCUCGUAUGUGAUCUGCACCUGAUUUAUUCAUGUCAGUGUGAACAGUUAAAUUCAAUUUGGAUCAAAUUUGACCCAGGCCUCUUUUGUAUGCGGAUAUGAAUCCAAUAUGUGUCUGAUUGCAGUCGGAACGUCCAGGUCGCAUAUCCGAGUUAUACGUCAUCACAGGCGUGUUUUUCCAUACAAGACUUGGGGAAAGGUAGUCACAGAUCGAGGCAGAACUUCUUGUCAUUCGACUGGCUCCGACUCUUAAGCCACGGAGCCUCGGAACAGACGUCACAGGAAGUUCCACAGAAAAAUGCCAUAGCCAAAACUGUUGCGCUCUUCCUUCUUAAUAUCCUACGUGAAAUAUUUUGGAGUUUUUUUUGGUUAAGGUGAAGGACUACAUAAAAAGAUCAGAUUUUAACAAAAAAACACAACUGGGUGUCAUCCCCUGCAGUGUAAGUUGACCAAUUCAUCGAGUCUUAGUCCACCGUGUUCUUAUUAUUAGUAAAAAGUGGCCGCGUAAGUCGAUGUCAACAUAUGCGAACGAACGCUUUUGUUGACAUAAAAUUUGAAGGCCUCAAGGGGUUAUUUCUAUGACAAAUCAGUCAGUUUGUGUGUCAGUGUGCCAGUGUAAAGGCGGUCAUGCGAGAAAAGAAGGGCAAAAUACGUGAGCUUCCCAGGAAAAACGGGAAGGUUGACAGGUAUGACGCGAUACAGUGUUGUUAACGUUAUCAUUAUCGCUAAGCAGAGUGAAACGAAGCGCCUCAGACUUCUUGAAAGAAGGGGCAGAAAGGUGGGAGGAGAGGAAAGGAACUUCCGCUUACCUUCAAAGCUUUGCCAUCGGACCAAAGAUAGAUUAUUUUUUUCAUCCCUCGUCAUUUUCGCAACUAGUGAAAUACACCAAUUUCACGUUUUUUUAAUGCCAGUAUUGGCGUCUUCCCUAAUUAUGUCAAAAACUACUUAUGUGGACGUGAGGCAGCCAGUCGACUUAAGCGAGUUCCAUUGUGUUACUGUGUGGCGUAUGUAGCAAGGCAACAUGUUUUGUUUACUUCCACUUUGGGCUUCUCAUUCACAUGAAUGCUUUUGGCUUUUGAAGAUGGAUGCCCUCCCUGGCCGAGAAUCCAACCCGUGCCCUCCGCAGUGAAAAGCGGAAGCGCUUCCCCUUACAUUCCAUUUAAUGAGCCGAUGGCCGUGUUUACUGAGAUACAUCACAAUGCUCGGAUCGCAUCAACCAAGCUCGCUGUUGGAAGACAGUCCUUGGUUGUUUCACAGUGUCCUCACCUAAACAUGAGAAAAGCUUCUCAUGUUGUGUGCUUAUCGUCUCCAACUGUGCUUGGAAAAUGAAAUGUUGGACCUAACAGUCAUGUCUUUCAAGCAAAAGAUAAGAUUGUGGAGUGAGUGAUUACUAGAUCAUGUAACAGUCAUCAUGACAAGCAAGACCCCCAAAAGAAACUAAACAGAGAACACUGUAGAUUGGAAACUACCAAAUUUGGCAUGUUGGACUUUUUUGAUGACAGAAGAUUUCCAAAUCUAUUUUCAGACCUCUUAACUUGAAAAGGGUGCCAAAGUUCUGCAAACAUGUUUACUCUGGCUUCUCCUUUCGACAUGUCCUAUUUGCAUGUUCUGACAAGAAAUGUGCAUGUGCAAACAAAAAAAAAAAAAAAUGGGGGGGAAAUGCAUUGUUACUUGUCUACCAUUGUUUUUAAUGCAUUUUUGUUGCAUUUCUGAUUUUCUACACACCCAGCGUGUAGAUGACCUGAACUUGAAUAACAGUCACAGAACCUGCCCCCCAGAAAGUGGAUAUGUUCUUGCAGAGUGGUUCUAAAGUGGCUCAAUCCUUCGCUGCCUGAUCUGUUACUAGACUGUCUGUCGCACAGUCAUACUGUAUACUGUACCUAAAGAUUUUGUAGUAUAAAGUACAAAUCCUUGAAUAAAGAA